AGAUGACACAUGUAGUUGUUUAUGACCUUAAUAACCUUACAUGUGUAUUAGUUUAAUGUAAACUAAACAGUUUUUCCUUUAUUGAAAAAUAGGUGGUCCAUUUUUGGACCACCGGUCCUCAAAGGGUGAAAGAGAGAGAGAGAGAGAGAGAGAGGGUAGAAAAGAGAAGUAACUGUUUUUUUGUAUUCUACUAUGUUAACCUUAAGAUGACAAUCUCUACAAACAGUAGUACAGUUUCUAUGACGAAUAAAAGUUUACAUACGUGCCCUUCACAAUCAUCUAGAGUUUGAUUCCUAUCUAUCCUCUUUCAAAUUGCGAACUUUUAAAAUACACCACUAAACCGACUUAUCUUCAAUAUUAGAAUAAAUUGUUUUAUUUUAUAGGUAAUUGGUGAAAUAAUUGCUGGUGUUCUUGUUGGUCCAUCAGUGUUGGGUAAUUGGAAUGCAUGGGCUACAAAGAUCUUUCCAACAUCAUCUUGGAACUAUUUUACACUUGUUGGCAAUAUUGGUCUGAUAUUAUUUAUGUUCAAUUUGGGUUUAGAGUUAGAACAAAAAUCUCUUAAACGUCAGUGGAAAUAUUCAUUACCCAUUGGUUUAUUAUCCAUAUUGGUACCAUAUGCAGCGGGUGCAGCGUUAAGUGUCUAUCUCUAUGAAAUUAACGGAAGAGAUAAUUUCAAAGAUCCAGAUCGAGCAGCAUUCACCUUGUUCGCAGCAUCAGCUAUGUCGUUUACAGCAUUUCCCGUCCUUGCUGCCAUUCUAACGGCCACCGGCCUAUUGAAUGAACCAAUUGGAGCACUUACAAUAAGUUGUGCAGCUUUGAACGAUUUACUAGGUUGGUGUUCAUUAGCUGUAGCUGGUGCUUUUGCAAAAGGAACAGGAAUCGUUGGACUAUGGGUAAUUCUGAUUGCAAUUGGUUAUGUAUUAUUCAUGUUUUUUAUUGUUCGCACCAUUUUAGUUAAAAUUCACGCUUAUUUAGUAGCAAAAAAUGAUGAAAUGAAUCGAAUGUUUUUGAUUGGUGUUUUUCUCGUUCUUAUCGCAUCAGCCAUGUUUUGUGAUUUACUUGGCAUUCAUUCGUUUUUCGGUGCAUUUAUUGCUGGAAUUAUUUGUCCAAAAACGGGUAAAUUCAACAGUGAACUAUUUCCAAAAUUAGAACUUGUUACAGUCGAAUUAUUAUUACCAUUAUUUUUUGCAUCAUCCGGUAUGCGUACAGAUUUGGGCAGUCUCAAUGAUAAAUUUUACGGUGGUAUUACGGUACUGAUUUUUAUUAUUGCACUCAUAGGCAAAUUUUUGCCAGCAUGUUUGGCAACAAAAAUUAUUACAAAACGUGAUUGGACAUUUUGUUCAGCCGUAGGUGUGUUGAUGAAUACAAGAGGUUUAGUAGAACUAAUUGCAUUAAAUAUUGGACUACAAUUAAAAAUUCUUUCACCUCGUAUAUUCACUAUGUUUAUUAUAAUGGCUCUUGCUACAACCUUUAUGACUUGUCCAUUAUUGUGGGUAAUUUAUUUAAGAAAAUAUACACCAGAAAAAGAAAUUUUAGAACAAAAUGGUGGAACAAUGGUAUUACAUCAAAAUCAAAUUCUGCAUGAAGAAGAAAAAAUUAAUCAUACUGAAGAAGUUCAAGAAGAAAAGCUAAAACAAAAUGGUUUUUCACAGUCUCCAGCACAUGAUAUAAAAAUCCAACAACAUAUCGAACGAUUUUAG